AUGACCAUGGUGAAAUCGGCCGUAAAGAAGGGACAAAAAAGAUUGACUCACCAAGAGGAUCCGAAAAUUAGGGAUGGAGUUGUUAAACAUAGGGAGAAACUAACAAGCAGACAAAAACAAAGGCUUAAGAAGCGUUUCCUGAAAUCUGAUGAACUUCUUGAAAAUAGGACGCAUAAAAAGUCAUCUGACAGUGUGUCUGCGACUCGAAGUGGAUUUUUUGAAAAUGACGGUGACGAACUUAUGAUUGAUGAUUUUGGACGUCUAUCGGAUUUGGAAGAAGACAUUGAGACAAAUGCGGAUUCUGUAGAACCUGUAAAUGAAAAAGAGGAUAUGAUAACAAACCUCACUUCCGAAGAUGCGGCUUUAAUAAAUCGCGGUGUAAACCUUGAUCCUUUGGAACCGUGGAGCAAAGUUGGACUUGUUGUUUAUUCAUCACAAGUACCAUUAGGCGCAACACCAGAAUAUCUUGCCGGUCAUUAUAUACUUCAGGGAGCUAGUUCUAUGCUUCCUGUAAUUGCCUUGUCCCCUCAGUUAGGCGAGCGUAUCUUGGAUUUGUGUGCUGCGCCUGGUGGGAAAACAACUUACAUUGGCAAGUUUGCAAUUUAAUUUGAUGUACUAAUUAGUCGAAGUUUUGGAAUUAUUGGUGUAUCUUCAGUACUAUUAUUUACCGUGUUUUUAUUAACUUGUGUUAUUUGAGAUGGUUAUCUGAAUCCAUUACAGGGAAUUGGUUUUUGCUGUUUUGGGUAUGUCCAGUUCUCAAGAUAGCAUUAUAUCACUCAGGUUUCGGAA